AUGUCACAGGGAGGAGGAAGGCUCUCUACACCACAUCUUAUCAUGGAUAGUGACAUGCUGGCUGUGUCUUCAGCUGACUUGUCUUUGCAGAACAGCAGUGUAGAUGAGUCUGUAGAUGGAGUAGGGCUCCACAUCCUGACAACAGAUCUGGUACAUGGGUCUGAGGGUAUGAUGGAAGAACUGUCAUCAGACGUCUGCGGUAGAGGAGUUAUUGCUAUUCCAACUCUAACAGAAGAUGUUCCUAACUCAGUCGUAGAAAAAGAUGGAGAAAUAACCCUUUAUUCUGCUUUCAUUCCUGAAAAUGCUGUGUUGAUGGAAACUCCAAGAGGCCUUAUGUUAACAGUGCCCGAAGGAAUGGGUGGCAUGUCGUAUGGUGAUGAUGGCUCUCCAGGUGAUUCUUCACAGCAGUUGCUUCCCUGUAUAUCGGUCUCGCUCUUCGGUGCUUGUGAUUCAGCCGUAGAUGUUGAUACUUCAGCUGUCUAUGGAACAGAGGUGUCCAACGACACUGAGAGUGGAGAUGUAAAAUCACAGUUACAGCAUAAUACAGAAGUGAUGUCUGCUCAUCUUCAGGAUGAUUCAGGAAAUGUACGGUUACAGUCAAAGAAUGAUAUUUCACCAGACUUACUGAACCAGUCCUUGUCAGAGGACACCACAGAAGUGUGUGUGACCACUAAAAGAAAAGGUGGUUGGCCUAAAGGCAGGAAAAGAAAAAAUAAACCUGCAGUGACAGGGCCUAGAGCACCAGUAACAGGCUAUGUUCUGUAUGCAAUGGACAGAAGAAAAGAGAUUAAGGAAAGCCAUCCUGAGAUUACAUUUCCAGAAGUGACGAAGAUUCUUGGUCAGGAGUGGAGCAACAUGGCUGCACAAGUUAAAGAG